AUGAUCCGGCUGGGCGGCUGGUGUGCGCGGCGGCCCCGCGGCGCAGCGCUGGCCGCGGGGCGGCGCCGGGCGUCGGGCGGCCGCUCUCUGCGGGUGCUGGUGGACAUGGACGGCGUCCUGGCCGACUUCGAGGGCGGUUUCCUCCGCAAGUUCCGCGCGCGCUUCCCCGACCUGCCCUUCAUCGCGCUGGAGGAGCGGCGCGGCUUCUGGGUGUCGGAGCAGUACGGCCGCCUGCGGCCCGGGCUGAGCGAGAAGGCCAUCAGCAUCUGGGAGUCAAAGGACUUCUUCUUUGAACUUGAGCCUCUGCCGGGGGCCGUGGAAGCUGUGAAGCAGAUGGUGAACCUGCAGAACACGGAUGUGUUCAUCUGCACGAGCCCCAUCAAGAUGUACAAGUACUGUCCCUACGAGAAGUACGCCUGGGUGGAGAAGCACCUGGGGCCCGAUUUCCUGGACCAGAUCGUGCUGACCCGAGACAAGACCGUGGUUUCCGCCGACCUGCUCAUAGAUGACCGGGUGGAUAUCACGGGGGCCGAGCCCAACCCCAGCUGGGAACACGUGCUCUUCACGGCCUGUCAUAACCAGCACGUGCAGCUGCAGCCGCCGCGCCGCCGGCUGCACUCGUGGGCGGACGACUGGAAGGCCAUCUUGGACAGCAAGCGGCCCCGCUGAGCGCGCAGCGUGGAGCUGGGGGCCGGGGAGCCCUCGUCCCGCUGCACGGCCCCUCCCUUCUCCAGCCCUGCCAGGCCUUAACCUGUUCUCAAGGCAGGGCUGAAGGACUCCCGGGGGACCAAGACGCGGGCUCCCGGGCAGUGGGGGCGCCCCCAGGCGGCGCUGAGGCCGGCAGUCCUCACCCACCCCCCGGUGGGUCUGCACCUGUCGGCACCCUUCUGCAAGGAGUGCCAGGAACGCGACGGGAGAGCGCGGACACGAGCCCCUGCGCCCGCCCGGCCUUCCCCAGUGACCUGUCCGUCCGCUCAGCAGGUCCCCGUGGCCGCCUGCUCUGUGCUCCGGCCCGCGGGCCACACUCAGGGCUCAGCAGUCAGCAGGCUCCGAUGUUUGUUGAAUGCAUGACAAAUAAAUGCUGUUC